AAUUAAUAAAAAAUAUUUCAAGAGUAUUUUUGAAGUCAAUAAAAUGGUUAGGGACAUCUGGAAUAAGAGUAUGAAAGGGAAUGCCGACUCCUGGAUAGGAGAGUGUGGUAACGUCUCUUAGGAUUAACUCCCUUCUCCGUUGCACUGGGUUUGGCGUUUCGGAUCGAUAGAGUUCCAGGCAGUGUCUUUGAAAUUCAGGUCACAAGGCAGCGCGUGCUUCAAUCGAUUUUUGUCGCGGAUGAGUAACACAAUCUUACUCACGCUCCAGAACUACACAUCCUGCUCACAGUACACACACGUCCCAGUCAGGGUACACACAUGAAGAAGUUUGAAGUGUGACACGCUGUGUGAUUCUUCUUCUUUUGUGAUUGAUUUCUUCGUUAAACUUUUCAAUCAAAGGUUUUUGAAAUUUAAAUAAAAAUAAUUCUGUCCUGCUUCAAGUUAUGUGUGAACGGACUCCAUGAGUCCUGUUCUCAUCUAGUGCGAAUACCACUACAGCAAGUCAUAAUAGGCCAGGUACAAACCAUGUCAGGCGAUGUCAAAAAAGACCUGAGAGCAGAAGCCAGAAAUUUUAGCGCCACGCUGGCUAAUGCAUCGCUUCUGAAAAGAAAAGAUCCACAAUCCAAGAGCCUCCUGGAGAAAGCUCAGCAAAUUAUCGAUGCCUUAUUGGCUGAUUGCUCCAAACCGAUGCCUGCAACACCCCCUCCAAGACCACCCAGGGGCGGCACUGGCAUGGGACAGCUGUGGGUGAAGCUUGAUGAGUUAAAGCGUGAAAAUGAUGAUCUAAAGAGACAAAGAACAAGAUCCUCCGAGGAAAAAGUCGGUUCUCCCAAAUCACCGAAAUCGCCGAAAUUUCACGCACCAGUGCCUGGACAGUUUGAAGCAGUCUCAGCAGAACUGCAAAGAGUCAAACUAGAGAAUGAAGCUUUGAGAGUACACAUAGAGAAACUUCAGCUAACAAUCAAAGAACAUCAGACCGUUAACUCUAACCUCAGAGAUGACUGCAAGAGAUCUAAAGCAGCUUUAGAAGCUGCACAAAAAUCUGCCAUGAAGGCCAGAGAGGAAACUAAAAAGAUGGAAUCUAACUUGCAGGCAGUCAAGACUGAAAAUGAUUCGUUAAAACAAAAACUCUCUCAAAAUCAUCCAACACCUCCCCCAAGACCAAGCACCACAAAACCAAGCUCAGCCAACGCUGCUUCAAAGCCAAGUCCAGCAAACCCCACCCAAAAGCCAACUCCAGCCCAUGCCACCUCAAAACCAACUCCAUCCAAUGCCUCAAAGCCAAGCCCAGAAAUCACUACCCCCAAACAAAGUCCAGCCACCAGCAGCCCCAAGCCAAGAAUGAGAACUGACAAUCGACUGACUGAAAAUAUAAGUGAAAAGUGCCGUCCCAGCAAUAUUGCUGUAGCUUAUACAACUUUAGAAUCUCAGGAAUGGAUGGAUGCUAAGGAAAGUCUGGAAGAACUAGAAGAAGAUGAACACCAAAUCACUCAAUUUCUAUGUGGUAUUCUAAUGAGCUCAUAUGAGGUUAGCACCUUAGUGCUACAAAGUGUUGAACGUGUGAUUGGCUACAUAUUAACCAAUCCAACCUCUGCUGUCACUAUUAUGCCGGAAGUCCAGGUCUGUCCAUUGCCUGCAGAAGUUGCUGAUGUUAUUGGCCAAAGACUAAGAAUGACCUUUGAUAAAGUCAAUGCAGCUGAUAUAUCAGAACUUGCCAAGCAGCACUUCAGUACAUCCAAUUCCAUUUCUUCUACGUGGUCCUCCCAUCAUGCAGUGCAAAAAUACAUCCAUCAAUGUGCUUUAGUCACAUGGCAAAUGGCCAUUCAGAAACCGCCCAUGAAACUACACACCGCAGACGCCAGAUUUGAUAGCAGCAGACAUAACUUGUGGUGGUCAUGUGACCAGUCUCGUGCAAAAACAAUCGACUACUUUAUCUGGCCAGUUUUGUAUGACUACGAAGGGGGGAAUUUGAUGGUGAAAGGUUGUGUUCAUGCCACAUGAACUUUUCUGAAUUUGAAAGAUCAUGUGACAAUUUAAAUCUGUUCAGAUAUGAACGUUUGGACUCCAUAUUUAAACAAGCUGACAAUCAAUUUCUUGUAGACCAUCUGCUGGAAUGUUCAAUGAACGCUAAUGAACAAGAAGUGAACAACCUGUUGUGCUUAUUUUAUUGAACCUUAAAAUCUAUUUAUUGAAUUGCUGAAAAUGAUAUUGCCUGUACAUUUACAUAAUACCAAUAUGUCGAUUGACAUUCACACACAUCCCCAGAUAAUGAUGUUUAUUUUCUCAAAUUAUGCCAAACUUUAAUAUUUGAGUUAAUUUUUUGCCUCUGCUUUUCUUUGUUCCAAGCAGUCUGCUUCCUGAAAGUUAUUUCCCCUCUUUGAUGUUUCACUCUGAUCUUUUCCUAAUGAAAUCAAAAGACAUCUUAAUAUUUAACUGGAGCAUUACAUUCUUAUCUUAUAAAUUACAGACAUUUUAAGUUAAUAUUUAACUGGAGCAUUGCAUUCUUAUCUUAUAAAUUACAGACAUUUUAUGUUAAUAUUUAACUCGAGCAUUGCAUUCUUAUCUUAUAAAUUACAGAUAUUCUUUCCAAAAAAAAGGUAAUAAAAUCCUAAGCUUAUUCCAUGUUAAUUAGAGACUAAAAGUCUGUUAGAGUAGAGUUAGGGUUAGAGUUUGGCUUUUCUGAUUAAUUCAGGCCACAUGUUCCAUGCUCUAAUGGCACUAAGUAACAGUAUGCAUUUCAUAAUUUCAACUUUAUUACAGGUACUAGAAAAUUUUAAACAGAAUGUAUUCUGGGAAGCGUGGUCGAGAGGCCAAGUGCGCUAGAACUUGGCUUGGUUACCUAGAAGGGGGCUCGAGGUUCGACACCCGACUCGGGCAGAGUUGUGUUUACUGAGUGCCUAAAGGCAGCAUGGAAAACCAACUCCUAGAUACCCCCUCCCCCCCACCGGUCCACAAAUGAGAUUGGACCAAAAGCGCUCUGAGCAUGCUAUAAGCAUGAAAGUAGCGCUAUAUAAAAGCUAUAAUAAUAAUAAUAAUUCUGUAGCCUUAAAUUAGUGUUUAUAUAUUUUUUAUAGUCUUUAUUUUAAUGUCUUAAAAAGAACCUAUGGACUAGGUUUGAAGUCAGUAGCACAAAAAUGUAACCACUAACUAUGCAUCUAGAAUUAAAAUCUGUUCAAUACCUUAAGCUGAGAAAGCUAGCAGCAUAGUAACUAAGAUUGUAAGUGUAAAUAUGGUGUUUAAAAGGCUGUGCAAGUAAAGCUAAAUUAUUGUGUGUACAUUUGUGUACAGUUAAAUGUCUCAAUGAAUUGUGUACGCUUCUGUAAAAUUUUGGUUUGUAUUUUUGUUUUUCAAACUCAACAAUUUCAUUCAGUUUUUACCUUUUGAUAAAAAAAAGUGACUACAGAAAAACAUAUUGAUGCCUUUGUUGAACUUUUGAGUGUUAAAUGAAUAUCUGAUAGGCUCAUAGUCAUGCUCUCUUUAGUAUUUGAAGCAUGUCAUGGGAUAUUCUUCUUCUUCUUCCAGCCAGCUUUUUGCUGCUGAGCUGUGAGCUCUAUUGCAGACUGUGCCAAGGAAAAAUAGUGUGCUGUUCUCUUCAGUUGUUCAGCACUGUAGUACAGGGUGUUGGUUACGCUGGGCUGAAAUGGUAGUAGGGUCUGCCGAAGGUGGAUAAGAAAAGGGCAUUCAAAGAGGACAUAAGGGUGGGCGCAGUGUCUACAAAGGGGGAUUUGUGUGGAAUGUGAUGGGACAUACACAGAACACUAGCACAAGAAGAUUUGAGUUAAUAAAAUUUCAUGGUUAGGUCCUCAUUCAGUUUCUUCACUUCAUAAAGUCACUUCAUCUAGCGUUUGAGAUUUGGUGAAAUGGAAAUACCCAAUAUGUAUGCUUGAAUAUGAUAGAAUAAUCUCCCUUUAAGUAUUUUUUAAAAUGGGUUCUUACUUACACCUUGUCUAAUCUUAAAAAUUACAGACAUUCCUUAGAAAAAGAUAAGUUCUAUAAGUAGCUAUAGUGUUACUUCAGAGUUAAAGACAAAGCCCAAACCUUCUGCAGGUUGGCAGGGUAUCAACUCAAGCCUCAUGUGACCAUCAAACACUACCAGGCAGUCCUCCAUGUUAAUUAGAGACUUGAACUUGGGGAGCAGGGAUGAGUUAGGAUAAAGGUAAUGUGAAGGUCAUUCUUCCAAGGAGAAUGGGGGACAACUUCUAUGCAUGGGAAGGAAGCACACUCAUGCCUUUGUUAACCCUUUCUGCUCUCAUAACAAUAAGGCUAUGUUAUGUCUUCAUGUUCAUGUUGAAGCUGAAAUGACUAAGCUGUGAUCUUAAUUUUUCAUAUUUCUACAAAUAAUGCAAAACCAUUAUAUAGAAGGGGGGGGGGAGUAUGAUAAUGAAGUUCCACUGUGAAUGUCCUAUAACUAAUAUACACAAUCAAGCCUAACCUAUAUAAUACACUGUUAACUGUUGGUGCAGGUUCAAUCUACAAUUAGUCUAGAUGAAUAGUCCUUAAAAAAACUAGACAAGAUUCUGCUACUACGCUCUUGCGCACGCUCCAUUGGUUUCCUGUGAAAGCGAGAAUCGAUUACAAGGUCGCCACACUUUGUCAUCAGUGUAUAUAUAACAACGAGAUGCCCUUGUACCUUAGUGAACUGAUUACUCCAUAUGUCCCCCAGAGAGCCCUGCGCUCAAUGGACUCAACGCUUUUAGUAGCGCCACGUUUCUCCCUCAAAAGCUACGGUCUGCCUGCUGGCUUUUUCAGUUCACGGACCAAAGGUUUGGAACUCACUCCCCACUGAUCUCAGACAGGCAACAUGCUACACCACUUUUAAGAAGAACAUUAAGACCUGUUUAAAACUUUUUUAGAUUAACUGUCAUUAUAUCUGUCGUGUUUGUAAUGUUAUUACAGCGCCUUGAGCCUACAUUUUGUUUGUUAACAGCGCUUUGUAAAUAAAAUU